CGUGGUUUAGUGAGGGCUAAGUGGAUCAAAGAAUAAAUUGAAUCACUAUAAUUGUGAUAUAGAUUGAUAGAGUACUUGACUUUUUUUCUUUCUUUUUUUUUUACUAAUUAAAUUAUAAGGAAAGGGGUAAUUUUUUUUUUAAAAAAAAAGACCAAUUGAAGGAUAGUAAUUGCAAAAUCACCUACCUGAUAAUGUCCUGUGAACACGAACAUAGUAAUGGUCAUGGCCAUGGCCACGAUCAUGAUCAUGACCACGAUCAUGUUGCACCAAUUCCCACUGGUGCUGCACAAUCAUUAUGGACCAAGAUCGAUCACCCACAUAUCACCGCAUUGAAUAUGGCAAAUCCAGCAGAUGACAUCCGUAGAAUAUUCAAAAAGAAUGACGACAGAUACAGUAUCAAACCUACAAUUAAAUCAGAUUGUGAUGCCCAACUCAUUGUACAUAUCCCAUUUGUAAAUGUUUCAGUCAAAUUGUUUUCUAUUAUCUUGAGAACAAACGGAGAGAGUUACUGUCCUAAGACAAUUAGAUUAUGGAAAAACGAUCAAUCAAUUGAUUUUGAUUUGGCAGUGUCCAAAAAGCCAACAUUUACUAUCGAACAUCCAUUAGUUGGAAUUGCUGAUGACGAUGAUGAUGAACUUCCAGAAAUAAUUGAAUCAGAAACUGAAUUUGUUGAGCAUUUCUUACCAAGACACAUUUUUUCAGGAGUUCAACAUUUGACAAUAUUUAUUGAAGAUGUUCAUGGAGAUGAAGAUGAACUGAGAAUCCAUAGUGUAGAGCUUCGGGGAGAAUUCACAGAAUUAAGUAAGGAUCCAGUAAUUACCUUGUACGAGCUGGCAGCAAAUCCUGCUGAUCAUAAGAACAUGAUGGCUGAAGAAGCUUCUAACUACAGUCAAAUAUAGUACGAAAUAGUUU